CUUGGAAAGCAUUGGGUGAGACAAGCCUGGAGCAGGCAAUGCGAGAGUACAUUGAUACUGUGAAAAAAUUGGACCCUACUUGGAAUCCACAGAUAUCAGAAAAGAAAGGAAAAGAAGGAAAAGCUGUAUUUGGAGGUCCGGUUAUCAGCUCACUGUAUCAAGAAGAAACCAUCAGGGAGGAAGAUAAGAACAUAUUUGACUAUUGCAGAGAAAACAACAUUGACCAUGUAACCAAAGCCAUCCGAUCAAAAAAAGUCGACGUGAAUACGAAAGAUGAGAAGGGUAGAGCUUUGCUGCACUGGGCAUGUGAUAGAGGACAUAAAGAACUUGCUACAGUACUUCUCCAACACACUGCUGAUGUUAAUAGCCAGGAUGAUGAAGGUCAAACAGCAUUGCAUUAUGCCUCUACCUGUGAAUUUUCUGAUAUCGUGGAACUGUUGCUGCAAUCUGGAGCUGACCCUACUCUUCGGGACACAGAAGGAUACUUACCUGAGGAGGUGACAGACUGUAGACUAAUCACCUCUAUGCUCCAGAAACACUCAGCUGGCAAAGCUUAACUGAAAGGCCGAGGAAGUGAAACUGAGGGCUUUCAGAAUGGGACAAAAACUGCAAUAAACCCAUCCUUCUACUAAGUGGUCUGCACAAUGCAUAAGGAAUGGAAUUGGUUGAAUGAAAGUGCUUGGUAUUGAUGCAUAUUGCCGAAAGCCAAAAAGAAAGUAGCAGACUGUGAAUAACACAGCGUAAGCCUGCACAACCUGCUAUCUGCUAUGUGAAAAAUAACCUCAGCCAUAGUUUGUGACUUGCCAUUUGCUUGAUGGUCCCUUUUUUUCGCAGCCCUAAAACCAAUAAAAAGGAUGCAUUGAAUUUCUAUCCUGUGAGAUGUAGCUGUAAAAGGUGUUCAGUUGGGUAGACUGCACGCUACAAGCCUGAUGCAGCACAAGUCUUACUUUACCAGCGGAAGAGUUUCGUCAAGUAUGGAGGCUGCCGAGAAAACGAGGAGCCACACUGACGUUGAAGUCCUGUGUAUUCCUUCUCAAGGAUAGGAGGAUAACUGUUGGACUUGCUUUUCCAAGUGGAUUUAAGGACUAGCUUCUUAUUUGCUAAAUGCAACUGGUAAGAAAGGAAAACCCAAACUGCUGGAUAGGGGAAAGGAAGAGAUGAGCCAGUUUAUAAAGCCUUCUUUUGCCAAACUUCCCAUAUUAGUAAGAGUGUUAUUAUUUAUAUUUUCUUGAACUGGGAAUUUGAAGUACUGCAGUUCUGUAAGAUCUAAGAAUAAAAGUGGUGGGGUCUUUUGUCUUUGAUCCUAAACUGGGUCCUAAACUGGUUAGCUAAGUUGUUGCUGUGUUGUUAAGCUAUAAGAACUGAUGGGCAUGUUAAUUUGUAUGUCUUUCUGUUUCUGGUAUCAAAUACUGUCCUGCAUGAUACAAGUUGUAAAAAAAAAUGUUUCUGAAUUGUUUCUUUUUUCCAUCUACCAUUAAACUAAACUAGUU